AUGCGUGAGACAACAGCAAUCACGCUAAUGAUAACUGAAAUUUACAUAUCAAAUGCAUGCGUGAGGGUUGUACCGACGCCUCCUCCAACUACUACUCCAGUUGUACCAACGUGCAGAUGUCCAACGAACCUCUACAAUACCGGUAUCUGUCCUCAAGUGGGAACCUGUUACGAAGCUCCUGAUGCAGUCACUUAUGGUCCUCCUCCAUUGUGUCCACCUACAAUAAAUUGCCCGAAUGACUACUACAUCAGAAUUCAAUUUACCGACGGCCGAUUUUUGAAUAACAGUGAGUCAGUUGCGCUUGUGUAA